AAAUAGCGGUUCCCGUUGGAGUGAACGAGACGCGCGCGGUGUAAUCAGUUCCAUAUGUCUCUCACCUGAGAGUGCACGAACUAGUUCUCUGCCUCUCUCUCUCCCUCGUAACCAGUAACUGUGUGCAGAAGGACUUAAUCGUCACUCACUCGGAAAUUUGAGAGUUGUCUACACUAUGUGCACAUUUGCACGUGCGAGCCUUUGAAGUAAGCUGGGAAACACACACGUGAAGGAUUCUCGUGCCGGAAACAGUGACUGUGUCGGAUUUUAUUUCGGAUUAACCAUCAAUCUCAAUCAUACGACAUUUCAAGGCUCGAAUUAAGCAGACAACUGAGUCCGAGUGAGCAGACGACAUGGUGGUGGGAGAGAGGCUGACUUUUACUUUGAGGGGCGGUGUGCCCUGGGGGUUCCGGCUCCAGGGCGGGGGAAACUUCCCCCUCGAGGUUGCGAAGAUCCGGAAGAACAGUCAUGCAAGCGAGGCGGGACUGCGGGAGGGUGACGUCGUGCUGUCGAUCAACGGUCACGUGGUGGCCGGCCACACUCACCAGUCCGCCAUGGACGUCGUCGACAUGGCGUCAGGCUCGCUCGUCUUCGAAGUUGCCAGGUCUGGACAAGGACCCUCCAUGCCGCUUGAUCCCCAGAGGCAUCCGCGGAUCAUUCCCAUGGUUGCCGGUCAAGAGAACGCUGGUCCCGGCGUCGUCACCUCUGCGCACGCGGACUAUUCGCUUUCUUCCGGUGACACGCGCACUGACUUCCACACGGAUGAAUAUGUUAUGCGCACGGACGACGGACGAAAGGUCACGAAGACGGUAACACAGCGGACAACACGGCGGUUCAGCGGAUCAAGCGGACCGUCGCCGGCCGCCAGCUACUCCAGCAUCCCUUCUGGGGAACACUCCAGCCGCUCCCUUGGCCGCCCACACGGCGUCUGGGUUCCACCCUCACAAAGGACCGGAGGCUCGAAUUUAUAUAAAUCGCAGAGUCUUCUAGAUGUUCACUUUGGUCACCGGACGUCAUCGCCGCUUUCUAGCUCACCGCGCAGUCUCUCCCCGAAGCCAAACAGACCGCGGGCCCGCUCUGGGUCGGUGCAGUCAUCCAGUCGGGCCAGCAAGGAGAAUCACGACCCAUUCAUGGAACAGGAACAGGCCAAGUGGAGGGCAAAUCACACACAGGAAGUCACGCCACCAAUGAAGUUUACCAAUAUCGGUACUAAUAAAAAUGUUCCAACUAAAUUUAACGAUCCUAAUUAUCCAAUGUUUGAUGUUCCUAAAGUUAAUAAGGCCAUAUGGACACCGCCAGUGAUCAAUGAACCGGGGGCUAUGUUGUCACCAAGUAAGAAACGAGGACCGCCCGUGCCACCAAAGCCUAUGUCACCCAACCCGUCUCCCAUUCCAUUCGAUCAGGCCGAGCGUCCGGUGGCCGGCACGCACUUCCAUCGCCCCGGGAUGAUCCGUCCACCGCCACAGCUGAACACACUUCCGGCUCCUCCUCCGCCGCCCAUGCCGCUUCUGCCACAAGGUUCAACGCCAAAAUUCAACGUGGUAUCGUUCGAGAGCUUGAAGAAUCGGCCCGGGCGGGAGGGCGGAUAUGACGAACCGGACUCGCCCAGCAGGCGGCCGGACCACCUCCCCGUGUUUGGUCCCAAGGUGGUGUUUGACGACGAAGGUGGCGACUCCAUCAGCGACAUCAGCAGAAGGAAGCUAUUUGCGGAUUCGGCCUUCUACGACGACUCUACGCACAGGUAUCCGACGAUUGACGAGCAGAUGUCAAUGUGUAAGAAGAUAGCGCAGUCUCUUACAUCGUACGCCAAUAAGCGAGCGAGAGGCGCGCGCAUGUUCGAGAAGAGAAAGCGUCGCUCUAACAAGUGGAUACACGAUUACGGUACUGAGUUCUCUUCAUCGACAGGAGACGUCGCAGACCUGGACGAACUUGACAGCGAACUGCAUUACGUGGACGGCGGAAAUAAGCCUCUUUUCUCCUUCCGGAUACCUAAAGUUGCGGGACAGGUGACGGACGGCGAGAGGAUGAGUAUGUCAAAGUCCGAGUUUGAGCGGCUGAGGCUGGUGGCACCCAAAGUUGAUCACCAUAGCGUGUCACCUAACACGUGCUUCAGCAUCGCGGCCGACUUGCAUAAGGGCGGUAAAAACAAGGGAGCCAAACUGUUUGCUAAGCGACAGCAACGUGUUGAGAAGUUCGUAAUUGACGAAACCAAUGUCAUGCACUCACCCGUGUCACCUUCCACAAAACUGGACUUUUACGUGCAGAACGCGCAAACGCAACCAGUGCAGAAGAACCCGUGGAAUGCUGCCGCUUCCGGUGAUGUUAACCGCGCCUUCAACCGGAACGCACCGUCGCACAUGCCCCCGGUGCCCGUGCCACGGCACGACCUGAAGGCGGACAGCCAGAUGACGGUCCUUGGCGGGCCCAAUUACAAUAAGAAGGCAAGGGGAUGGGGAGGGUCCGGCGCCGGUAUCCAGCAGCAUUCGUACUAUAGAGAGUCCUUUGACCCACAGACGGGUACCAGCCGGAAGGAGUGGUACCAACAGCAGCACAAUGAUACCUUUGACCCGGAAGACCCCCCAAAGCAGUUCGAUCAGUACGGCAACUACAACCGGAGGAUGAAGGCGUGGCCGGAGACGGAAGACACCCCCCAGCCGCCGCAAGUCGAGUACGGCGACUACAACCGCCGCACGAAACCUUUUCAGGAAUCUGAACCUAGGUACGAACAGCCGUCGGAAACUAAAGUGGAGUUUGGUGAUUAUAAUCGCAAAAUCAAGGGUUUCCAAGAGAGCGAAUCAAAACAAGAAGCGCCUAGAGUUGACUUUGGAGACUAUAAUCGGCGAAUCAGAGCAUUUCCCGGCGCGCCGGAACACAAUACCUCCACUAGCCGAACUGUGAAGAGCUCUUACAAUGUACAGACAAAUUAUAACACAUUUCCCCGAGCUGCUGGGAGCUCGCGACAAUAUCAAGAAAUUCCCUCGUGUGACUUGUGAAGUGCUCCUUACCAAUUUCGGUCAAAAAUAUUUGAUACUCUAGUCUUGUAAGUGCUCAUUUGUAAUUUCAUGAGGUUUUCUUGGUUAAAUUUCCCAUUAUACUCACACUGCCAGAUGAGGCCAGAUUACUUUGGCCACUGGAGAAAAAAACCCUAUUGUAUGUUGGUUGUUGCAGACUUCUUCUAACAAUGUACUUUAAGAGCUUUUUUGUGAAUCUUGUGGAUUUUACAUCUAUAACUUUACUUCAAGUACAAAUGUAUGUUUCUUACAAAGAUAAGUUCAGUGAGAUAUCAGAGAUGAUUAGUUGUUGCUGCUGGUUCCCGAGCCAUUCUCUAACAUUCCAGCACUAAUAACGAAACUCCCAAGGCAGAAAUAACGUGGAUUUAUACCUGGAUCAAACAAUACCUGUCCUCAUGUAUGCGCAUCGAUAGAAACAUAUGGCAUGCGUGGGUGUGCGAUAUCAACAUAUGUAUUGCUCUUCUAGGCUGUGUGUCAGUUCAUUUAUAAUAUGUAUACACGAAGUUGUGUUUUUAUUUAUAUUUCUUUACUGUUUUGAUAAAGUGCAAUAUCAAGCUAUGUUCACGUGUAUCAAAGUAUUUGUCCUGGCAUUCAAUGAUAUCAUUUGCCACAGGUCCCUCUGUGAUAAUCGUUGUUUUAAUUACGUUGUAUGGUAUUUAUCAAACCGCAUUAUUUUUGUAUUAUUGUUAUUUUAAAGUUACCUUUCUCCGUGCUACCGUGUAUAGUAAUGUGUACAUUAAUUUGAAAGCAAUCCGCCAUAUUGUGGGCAAAAGAAGUGAUUUACCUUUGCCAACGUUGUGUGAAUGCAGUGAGUUCACGGGUGUAUGUCCGUUCGCCCAGAUUCUGCAAUACUUAUAUAGAAGAAAUACGGCGUCAGACGUCAAGUGAAAACAUCACGUGGUAUAUCUCCUUGGUCUGGUUCCCGGUCUGCUUUCGAAAUUUCGCCUGAACCAAUGACAGAACAGGACACGGAUCAUGUGACCUUGUCGGUCACGUGGUUAUGUCGCAUUCUGUAAACUUGUGCACACGGCACUCAAAUUGUAUUUCGUCCAUGCAAGUGCAUGGUCUUACUAAAUAACAUGUAAUUAGGUAAUUAUUAGAUUGUACUUUCGCCUCAAUUCAAAUAUUUAUUUUAGUUGUUUUGUAUACAUGUAUAUAUGAUUGCCAGGAUGCGCGCAUUAUUUUGAUGCGCGUGUUGUUUUCAGGUUGGAUUGUUACAAAGUGCAAUAGUUUACGUGUACUCAGCGUGUUUCUUGAUGGAGAUCACAGUUGCAAAACAUGUACUGCAUCGUUCAUCUAUUAUAGCCAAUAAACAUGAGAACAAUCAUUUUUUGUUCAAUAUUAUAAUUGGUUUUGUUUCAAACAAGAUGGAUUUUCACAUUCAAACCAAUGUUCGUCACACAUACCGUUUUGUAAACAGUGGUUUGAGGAUAGCUGGGCGAUUUAGGGCCUAAAUUACACUCUUCACAAAAAUUAGAAUCAUAUUCUAUGUACCCUGCCUGAAGUAGAAUGCAUAACCAUUGACAAAACAAUCAAUUUGGUUAAAGUCCAAACCUUGAAACUGAAGUAUGUUUAUUACCGCUUCAGUGUUGUUUGGGACUUAAUCAAAUUGCACGUUUUGUCCGUGUUUAUGUAUUUCUAGUUCUGAUGUAUGUGUCCGGGUAUAUAAAAUAUGAGUGUAUGUUUUCCAAGAGUACAAUCAAGACCCUUAAUAGCUCACCUAUCCUAAAACCACUGUAGUUUUGUAAACCUAAAGUGUUCAUUCUACAACAAGCAUGUCUGUAAUGUUUUGCAUUAAUAUAUUUCCUAAAUUUU